UGAACACCUGCAGCUCCUAAACCACGCCCACAUACCUGCGAGAACCAGGAAAUCACUCAAUUUGACGUGGGGGGAGCGAAAAUACUCGUCCUAACGUUUUCCUGAGGAAACCUUUAUCUUCCUCCAGACUCUCAAAUCUACUGCUACAUUUCUGGACGUACCUGUAGCCACAUAAAACAGGAGACCAGCGAAGUUUCACUUGGUAAGUAGGUCGUGUAUCGUUUGCCUUGAGUGUCGACAUGUUUUCACCGUGCUUCGUUUCGCUCACUGCCAUAUAAGGGCAUUGUACUAACGGCUACAACAGACAUACGGACUUUCUCCAGUCGUUUAAGCUUCAAAUGCUUAUUAUAACUCCAAGGUUUGCGGUUGUAUCUCCUUUUACUUCAUAGUUUAAUAUCAACAGAGACACAGUGUUAAAUGGGGCCUUUAGCGUUUUCCAUUCAGGCCUCAGCGUUGCCUUAACAUGUAUUGUAGUCGACUACCCCCCACUGUAAAUACAAGAGGUGGGGCUGGGCUGGCAUUGUCUACUAUUGUUAACUAACUAUUAUGUGAAUAUGGCGUUUGUUUUAACCAGUCAGCAGAUUAACUUAGCUCUAAAGGUGUAAAAUCAGACCAAUCAUAGCUUUACAUGAGUUACAAAUCUGUUUACUACAAACAAAGUGUAGGCCUCAUACCAAAUAGUGGGGUUAGUUUUAUUUUAUCUUUACACUAGUGACAGAAGGGGUUAUUGGUUACUCUAAACAUGCAGCUGUUGUCAGUUUGUUUUCUAAACUUGAUAUAAAUACUGGCUACAAAGACAGCCAGGCUCUAGUUUUAUAAUGUUCAUCCAGAAUUAUAAAAACAGCUGCCAAUUUAUGCCAAAGAGUGAAGGCUAAAUAAACACACUUUUCUGUAAUGAGGAUGCAGUAUAACACAGCAGACGCUUAUACUGCUCCCUCAAAAAUGACCAUGAAGUUAGAUCAACAAGUCAGAAGCUGUCUCUUGAGUCUAGCUAAAUUGAAUCUAGAUCAGUCAGUCUGUUGAAGCUUGGGCUACGAAUAGUUUAAAGUUUUGCAGAAAAAAAAAAGGGUCAUAUCUUUGUUAAAUUUUCAUGACACGGAGCAUAACAGUGAUUCAGAUUCAGUCCUAUUGCACUUUCAUAAUGUCUUGUCAGCUUACAUGGGAAUGAAACUAACACUUAACACUUUGACCAUAAAUACUAGGAUUAUAAGCACAUUUUCAGUGAUAGUUUGACUGCACUUAUGAACAUUUUGUGACCUGGUCAUACCCCCAGGCCAGAUCCUAUAGCAUUGUUAUGCCCCCAGCGUUAUAGUAACUCAUGAAACUGAAAACUGGUAUCUGAAGCUGAAAUGCAUUAGAAACUCUGUCAAAUUUGUGAAUUUAGAAUAUUUUAAACACAGAGCUUUAUGAAAAUGGUCUUUAGCACAUUUUCAAUCAAAACCGAAACUCUUCACAUCACAUCCAGGAGUGAACAGUUAACUGGUAACACUUACCACAGUAAAACACACAGCUGUUGUGUGUUUGUGUUAGAUAGUGUUGUGGGUGGGACAUUAGGUGAGACAAAGCAGUGUAAGAAUUAUAAGCUGUUAUAUUAGCUGAUGUGCACUCUUAAGUAUAAUUACCACAUCUCAUUGAUAUCACAAUGUUGAACAUAUUUUCACAGUGAAGGGUUUUCUGGUUAAGGGGUUAACUCAGAGUCAUAAAAAUAGCAGAUAAGUUCUAUGUUAUUAGAUGAAAAUAGCCUAAAAGUAACAAAUAAUAAGAAACUUUUUUAUUCUUUACUUAUUACAUGUGCUUCAAAAGAAAACCGCAUUAAUGUGAUGGUUGUUAUUCUUGUUAUUUUCAUGUUGCAUCAUCAGAGAAAUCCUAUCGCAAUGUUACAUUUCUCAAUUAUCACAGUUUUCGUUGGUGGGAUGAUCCUCUCACAGUCCACGCAUCCAAGUGUCCUUCAGCAAGACACUGAACCCUUACUGCUCCCAAAGGCAUAUGACUGUUUGAUUUAAUUUAUUUGUGCAUCAUAAAAAAACAUGACAAUGAAGAACAUGGAAUACUAAAACAUUAUAUAGGCAAGGUCAGACGCCCCAAAAGGCUUAUGAAGACGCCUCCCUGAGACAAGAGAUAAAAUAAGAAGCAAUCAGACAGUAAGAAGAAAGAACAGUCACAUAGUUAUAUAAUAAUAAGACAAGAUGUGUUUCAAAAACUAUCAAAUAAGUAAAUAUUCCAAAUGCUUUUAGUGUAAAUGGAUGAAUCUAGUGCUACAUAAGGUUAACAGCCAUCAAAGUAAGAAUGUGAAACUGCUUUCUUUAGUGUUUCUACUGGUCUCAUGAAUAAUUGGACUCAGCCUCAUGAAACUCACUGUAUUUAAUUGCAGAACUGACCUCAAAACUCUGAAAUACAAAACUGCAACAAUCCUCAGUUUCCUGUUUCCCACAGAACAGCCAGUUUAGAUGGAAUUCAACAGGGAGCAGAAUUGCAUUCGUUAUGCAAAUUUGGCUGCGCUAUCACUCCUUGGCUGGCAAAGUUUUAUUCAGAGAUUUCCAGAGAAAGAAUUAAAAUGCAGCAAAGAGAAGAGGCCUUUUUUUCUAAUCCUUUUUUUGAUCAUGUCAUCUUUUAUGCCAUCGUCUAUUUGAACUCCACAGGUCACCUCAUGUUGCCUGAUGAUCCAGAUUACACCUGUGCGUGGCACGUGCACACACUCAUUCUCUCCUCUGCUUUUUGUCAAUCUCAGUCCCUCUCUCCUGCUCAACAGUCACCACAGAUUUGUGACUGGCAUGUGUCCCUCCAUCUGGCUUGCACAUGCAUUGCAUAUGGACAUUGCAUAAUGGCCCCGGGCCUUAAUAUUGCAGCACACAGUGCAACUCCAACACGUGGGGGAAGAAGUGAGAAGGGGCAGUGAAACAAACCGCUUAUGUAAAAGCAUUAAGAUGAGCAAACAACUUCAGCCUCAUUUGCUCAACCAGUGGAAGAAGAAGGCAUUCCCAGGGUUCAUUAAAAAGUGAAGGGACAAAGGUAGUCUUCAGAAAAGCGGAUCUCUUCCCCUCUUUCAUAAUUUAAAUCCAGCCUUUUAAAAACAUUAAAGCGCCAACCUGUGUCCUCUUUAACACUGUCCACACUAGGAUAUUUGGAUGAGUAGAUUUCACACACACAACAACAUCUACUUUGGAGUACUUCCAGCUGAUCUUAAAAAGAAUAAAGUCCUGAAUUUUUUGAAGUGAACAUCUGAAAAAUAAAAACUGGAGAUCACUGCAAAGUUUGAGAAGAUUAAAAUGCUUUGUGGUGUUAACCAAUAAGCAGCAGCAGCAGCAGCAGCAGCAAAGCCUAAAAAAAUCAAAGAAGCUUAAUGUGUUGCUUAAAUCUUGGAAAGGAAAUGAUUUAAAGCUGUCAAGCAGCCAUCCAUGCAAAAGACAAAUCGACUGCUCAGCUGUUGUUGUGCAAGUUUAGUGCAUUUCAUGAUGCAGUCAGAGAAGACAGAAGACAGAGGAGAAAUUGUAGAUUUGCAAAAUAUGACUUCACUUGGUUUUCAAAGUCUUGUGGCUCCCAGGAAACCAAAAUGUACGGUAUUAUUGCCUCAGUAUUUUAAACUAAAUAGAUAAUAUUAAACAGAUUAACUGUUUAAGUUCAGAGGUGCUGUAAAUGAAUAUGAUUUACUUCCAGAAACAUCAGGCCAUAUCCUGCUAACCAUCGCAACAGCAGUAGUUUUCAUCACAGAAGUUCAGUUGAGGUUCCCUUGCACGAGGACUUGAAAUCAUAAAAUAAGAAGUGGAGCUUUGAGUGCAUCAUUAAUAAUCAAAAGUCUGACAGCUGAGUGGUAUAUUUUAAAUCCAAGAGCAAUUGUCAGAAGGGAAUUUACUAAAAGCAAAUGUGUAAAUGUUAAGUGAGAAAAAUUGACUUGAAAAAAAUUGAUUUCAUGUCCGUUCUUUACAUCUGCGUAAUCCUGUAUUUGUAAUUAACUAUAUUUGUUGCUAAGAUGCAUACUCCAUACUCCAUAUAUUGUUAACAGUUAAAUCAUAUUCCAAUAAUUUGAGGAUACUUGAUAAGUAUCCUCAAUCCUAAAUCAUAUAGUAAUACAUCACAAAAAAAUAAAGAAUACCAAAUACCACCAAAGGCCAAGUGGAGGGUUUGGUCUUAAUCUACACUGAAUCAUAAGGGCUGGGCAGUAAAGCUAAAAAUGUAAUCACUUUAAAAAGUCUGGUAUCAGUCACACAAUUAAUGUCAAAUCAUUGUUUCUUUCAAAUUUGAAGGCUUGACUUCGCUCUAAGUGAAAUGUGAAGUUAACGGAUGGUUGAUUUGCAAGUAUCUCAGGUCGAAUACUCUUAAAUUUCUCAUUUCGACCGUGCUGGUGGGAAUCACCUCUUUUCAGUUAAAUGUAGAGCUACAUUUCUUAUGUCUAUGGAAUGAAGCUUGAAAGUGGAUGUCUAAAUAUCUGUGCAUUCUUUUCUCAUACAAUGCUGAGAGUUUAAUGCAUAUUAUUGGUCAGUAGGUGAUGUUUUUUAUAGAGGUUGAAAUCUUUUCUUGGAUUUAUCCUGGUCCAGAGGAGGUCCCUCCUGAAAAAUCACAGUAAAAGUAAACCACAGCUUCAGAACUAAUAACCCAGAGUUUACACUGAUGUUACUUUGCUAACACAACACCCUGCUUUGUGGUGCAGGCAGGUGUACACAGGUGUGAUUGUGCAGCUUUGCGUGUCGUGUGAUUACUGUUAGGUAUUGGAUUAUGAUAAAACUGCCUGUGAAUGUCACAGUGCGUUGUAAAUUCAACACAGCUCAGUGGUUUGGUUUCCUCUGUGCUGUCAGGCUCUUAAUCUGGGUUCUCUUUAACAAAGACAGCACGCAGGGUGAACUUAAACAACCCCUCCUCUUCUUUUCCUUUGUGCUUGUUGUUACCCAACGCUUUCAAAAAUAGAUGCUUGUUAUUUUUGUGUCUCCCCCCGCCGUGCUCCUGGUAUUUUUCAGCCCCCCUUACAGUGCUGAGGGAUUUCUGAUGCUCAGUGAAAUCUGCAGCAGCUCUCGUGGCACGACCAUCCAGAGCCAUAAUCCAGACGUCCAGGCUGCUGGACUAUAAAUCCUGUCCGGAGUUUGCAUUGGUUGGCAACUCAUCAAAAGGCUGUACAGAUUAUUUAUUUAUUUGAGUCCUCUCAGGACACGACUGCCUGCUGUCAGCUGGUGACUCAGGCAAGACAAGAUGCAGACUUUUAAUUGGUGUGGUGGCGUGAUUUGAAUGCCAAGGGUUGCACAAGUGUGGUAGUGAAAACUAGGAGUGUGCAAAACGGACAAAAAAAUCUCAGUAAUUUUUGGUAGUUUUUGCCGAUGAAGAAGAAUGACAGUAUUUUUUAUUCCUCAAAAAUAAUGUUAAAAAAUUAUUUGUGAAAGUCUUGUAUUUUACUGGCUUGCUCUUACAAGUAUAUUAGAUGUUAACGAUAUUGAUAAAAACAAGUUAUGAAGUAAGACUGGUUUUGUUGUGAGUCAUUCAAAUAAAUGAAUGAAAAAUUCUGCGUAAGUUUGCAGAGUGUGAUUUUGUUUUACGGGUCAGUCAUGGUCACUCACCAACUCCUAAAGCUUUCAUAUCCUGCUCUCUCCCUCUCUGUCUCUCUCUCUCUCUCUCUGUGGUGAUUAAUUCCCAGAUGGUCAAACAAAUUAGUUUUCACACUGUCUUUAAUAUCAUUCGAUGUAGAAGCGCUUUUAGUCGGUUAAGUCGGGGAUUCUCAAUCUUUUCAACCUGUGACCCCUGAAAUAACGACGACAGAGACUGGCUCUGUCCCUCGAGGUGGUUUAAUGUUUUUGAGUUAUAUUUUAAAUAUAACUUUUGAUUUUGUAUGUUAAUUUAAAUAUGUGAAGAUAGUGAUUUUUUUCUGUUAAGUAUUUAUUCCAAAGAUGAUAUGCUUACAAGACAGGUUGGCACAGUGUAGCUAUUUGCAAAGAGGUUUAAGGUCAGCGAUGUCAUGGACACUACAUCCAUCUAACAUACAUCCAUCUCACAGACAUGUUGUUAUCAGUCUUUUGUCUGCAGUCUCUGUAACCCCACUUUGAGCAAUGUUGAAGCAAUUGUGCUUAAAUUUAACUGAUUUCUGAGUGUUUUGGACUACCGGUUAGUUGUGAUUAAAAUCUAUUAAUAGGACCAGGAAAUGAGUUGCCUGAAUGUCCCUGGUCUUCAAAUUGGUGUCUUUUGAGCAACAUCUGUCUUUUCAAAGCCAAACCAUCUCCAUGCAAGUGAAGAUGAUCAGUGUCUGGCAAUUUAAUCAAACAAUUUCAAUUUCACAGCUGGUGGCGUUGAUGGUGUUUUUUUUCAUCCCUUUCUAAAUUCAGACAUAUCCAGACAGCUUCACUGGGUUGCCUUGUUAUAAUACGUGAACGGUGCACACUCAGUAGUCUGCCCAACUUGAUCAUAUUCAGUAAAUGUGUGUGGACUCUUAAAGCAUGCUUCAUUUUUUAUUUGCUGAAUGAACGUCAUAAUCUGUAUUGGUAUUUUACACAUUGAGUCAACACUUCAGUUUUUAUCUUAGAUAAUAAUAGAUAUGAUUUCAAUUUGUGUUCCUGGAUUUUUCAUGCCCUGCCCACCCAGAUUUUUCACUGGAAUAGGAACUGAGAUCCAAAGAAAGGCUGCGGAUUGAUUUUUAUCAGGCACCUUAAUGCUUUCAGCAGCGCUUUAUAGCUCCCACUGUGCUAUUUUUGGUCUGGAAAUCGCCUUUGUCAGUAAAUUUUACUAUAAUCUCCAGUUAGUUUUUCCUGGAGAUAAGAGUGCUUGUUUUUUUUUUUUUGUUGUUGUUGUUGUUUUUUUGUCCGGAAGUCCACAAAUUACUCAAUAUACAUUUGCUUUUCAGACAGAUUCAUGUUAAACAUUGCUACACUUUUCUGCGUUCGCUUGCAUUUGAAAUAACAUUUAAAGAUUAAAACAAACAUUAUUCAGUCAUAACAUCAGAUAUCUAUAUGAUGUUAAAGCAACAGAAAAAAGACCAGAUCGUAGAAGAAAAGCAUUGAAAAAUAGGGCAAAUUUGAUAGUGCGUAACAGCACACGCCAGUUUUGAAGUGCAGAUUUGUUGAGGCUGAAUUUUUUUCAUGUAAUUAAUGAACCUCCACAGCAUGAAGCUCCCUCGUGUUGGAGGAUGUGAGGAUGCUGUUGAUGGGUCUCUCUGGAUGUAAAUGGUGAGAAGACUAAGCCUGGAUGGGGGAUUAUAGAGGAAGGGGGCGGGGAGCAUGCAUGAUCUGUCAGGGCUUAGUACCACAAUUAUCCCAGCGGCUGCAGCAGCAGCAGCAGCAGCAGUUGUGUUUGGUGGCACAGGCUGCGUUUUCAUUAGUGUAAUGUCAAAAGAUGCUCCAGAAUUAUGUAAGAGUGACGUGCUGUCAUCCCCUCUUGGUCCGCCCACUGCCUGGCAGGAACGUGGCCGUUUGUUUUCCUUUUAUCCUCACGCGCUCAGAAAGCUAAAAGGACAUCUGUCUGAGUCAGCGGUCGUGGACAGGACUCGUAGUAACCACACCACGGGGACCUCUCUGCUCUGGGUGCUGAAGCUUUGGCCGGUUGUCAUGGAGAAACUGACGAACUGAGGCAGCGAGGGGGGACAAGUUUGUGUCUUGGAGGUGCAGAAGGAGCUGCUUAAAAGGAUGAGCAAUGGGAGUGUAGCAGCAGACAGAGCAGUGUGGUGUGUGUGAUGCUGUAGCUGUUGAAGGAGAAUUAGAAGAUGAAGUUUAAGAAGUUCAUCACCAUCAUGCAGGCGGCCAUGGGGAUCGUGCCCCUGAACAAACGAGAGCUUCUGCCACCGGGCAGGAAACUGUGGAGACCCCCGGGGUGAGUCAGACUAAUGUGUCUCCAUGUGCUGUCAUCCUCAACACAUGUAGAGUGUCAGAGAAGUGAAGUAGUUUUUGUGUUUUCAAACAAUACACCUGUCUAGAAAAUGAGUCAAGGAGGUAAUUUCAAUUAUAAACACACCUUCUAUAAAAAAGUUCCCCUUCAUUUAUUUUCUUUGAUCCUCCAGAAGUUUUCACUAAAGGAUUCAUACUGUAUCAUGGACUGAGUGCUUUUACAGAAGGAUAUCUUAUAAAUGUUUAUGUUGCAGAUGUCUUCUUUGUUGUGGGUGUACCUGUUCGACUUUUUCAGUGCCUACAAAUAUAACCUGUUACGCAGCACAGUGACAUGUACUGAAGUGUACGGUCCCUUUACAUCGCAUUGGUAGAUAAAAACUGAGCCUAAAAUACAACAGGAAAAAACAUACUGUACUAUCAUCUAAAGUUCACGUAAUAUCUUGAGUUCUUCAUUUUCCAAUUCACACCACGAUUUCUGUUAAAAGUUUAGGACUGACCUCUCACACUUCCCAUAAUGUACCAUCAAAACAGUGUGAUGAAUAAUUAUUUGAGUGUACGUUGGUUUCAUAGUGUCCUCUGGUAUUUUAGCAAUAACAGUCUCUUUUAUCCAAAACCACGUUAUGCUUUUUAAAAUUGUUCAAUCUAUAAACAUUAUAAAAAUUUCACUAAGAGUGUAAUUACGCAUGAAAGAAAGUGUGACGAAUACUUUUUAUCAGAGAUAGAGUUACUAUUCUGUAUCAGCAGAUAUAAAAAUUUGCAGUAUUUCUUAUUGUUCCUAUCUAUAUAUAUGUCACUGCACUGUUUACAGAGUUUUAAAUUUUGUGUCACAAGUAGAGUAAAAGUUUACCUGUAUUGCCACAUGUUUGGGUACCUUUGCAACAAAAAGGAAAUUCCUCGGCAGCCAUAUUUGAUUGUCCGUUAUUAUUUUUAGCACCGCACUGCAAACAGUACUGUGUAUGUUAUCGAGCACAGACUAACAUUAGACAUCCUGACACUUGGAUAACAUCGUGUAUUUGUUUCACUGCUUUGUUUUAUCAGCUAUGCUUAUUUACACAUAACUUCACCACUUCUCUUGUAGCAGCCUUGGCUUGAAAACACGGCUGUAAAUCUGUCCCUUUCAAAAACUUUGGUUCUUUUUGAUAGUAUCUAAUGUUAAAAUAAAGUGUUUUAAAGCACAUGGAAAAUAUUGAAGUACCCAACAUUUGGACAAACUUACAAUCACAAUCAUGAAUCUUUUCUUAACUUCUCUCCUCUUAGUUCACCACAUUUUGCACAGGUUUUCAUAUGUACACACAUCUUGUCACAUUUGCUGCUUUUUCUAGAAAUUUUCUUGACUGUAAAGUAUUUUUUGAGAUACUGUGAUUAGUUAAUGUGGAGAAAUGUUUUGAAAUCAGCACAGUAUCCCAGAUUAUCAUUCAGGUUCCUGAAUUGAGCUUGAUGUCAAAUACCCACGUGGUACUAUUAUCAUGAUGUCAUUAGGGUGGUGAUAGUGAACUAGACUGGGACGCUUGUAGGAGAGGUGAAAUGUGUUUUGUUGUACCCCACAGUCAUGAAAUAGUAAAUUCAUCAACCUGUUUUGUGGAUAAGAGAAUAGACGUUAAACAUAAAUGAAUGCGUAUGGGCUUAUUUUAACUGCAUCUUUAAAACCCGAAACAAACAAUUCACAACAAUGUAAGAAGAAAAAGUAAAAUCAAAUGUUUUUUCGGGUCAAUAGAAGAUCAUCUCUUACAGUACAAAGUGGCCUGACCUCUCAGGUCAUGUGGGACAGGUCUGUUCUCUGUCCUGAAAGAAGUGGCAUUCAGUUUUUACGCUUCACGUAUUGGUAGCAAACUCACAGAAAGCUGCUGAAAUGCUCUAAAUCAAAGUUUUAUACACAAUAUGCAAAAAACGCAACACCAAAAGAAGUGUAGUAAAUAAAUACCAAAGAAUGCAUUUAGGCGAAGCGCUAAUUGACUGAUAUUUCACGAUCUAUAAUGUAGUGAUUUAUUGUGCAUCCCUGACAAACUCUCACUGUUGUAUUUUAAUAAUGUCACCAUAUUUUGAUACUCUGCUUUUGCUACAUUCAUUUCUCUUUGCCCUGUUGUUUAUGGCCUGAUAUGUCUUUCACAUGUUUUCUUUUGUGAUUUUUCAAACAUUCUGACCUUCAUAUUGAUUCUUUUGUGCUCUCAUGUGAGCCUUAUUGAAUCAUUUUGUUGCUGAAAUCUGCUACAUGCCUUGCCUCACACUUCACUCAGUAACAACAGAAGGACUGUGUUUUGAAAUGCUUGAGUGCUCAGAGCGAGAGCUUGGUCCACAGGUGUUGCAGGCCUAAUAUGUUGAUUUUACAGUAGAGAGUUGAAGCUGAUUCUGUAGACCUGUAAGAGUUGCCAACUCUCUGCUGUUGUUCAUACUAAAAGUAAGAAUAACCCAACCAUAUGCUGCUUAGAUUUUGGGCAUUGUUUUAUCUCAUGUAAGUCCUCCAACUUUAUAAAAGUGCAUUACGUAACUGCUUGUGUGCACCAUUAAUGGGUGGUUGGAGAUAAGUGUCCAUACACACAGCAGUGAGUUUUUGGCCUCUAAAAUCUGUAACUAUCUCUCUUUCAUGUUGGUGUGAAGUGAUUUAAUUGAUAAAUUACUUCAUUUGUACCUGAAGGUACCCAGCCCUUCCUCAUGUUUUCACAUGCCAGUGCUGAAUCUGUAACAGACGGCAGGUUUAGUCACGCAGAGCCAGUCCCUUUUCUUCACUCUGGCUGCAGUGUUGAAUUAGACUCUGACUGUACGCAGUCAGACUGUCUGAAUGUAUCAGAAAGCCUCUUUAGUUUGUCAGGGAAAAAAAGAAAAAAGUUUUUCAAGCUCAGAGAGUGCCACGUGUCUGAACAUGUUGUCAACAAUCAGGUCAGAGAUGCUGCUCUGGAAGUCAGACUGGAGAUUAUGGUAUUAUAGACAGUAGUAUCAGCAUGAGUCUGGUCCACUCUUGUUUUACUCUGAGCCAUACAAGGGGGCGGAGCUUAAUUCCGGGAAAUGAGGUACUUUCUUUUUACAGUGUUUCAAGCUUUACUCAUGUGAUCCUUUUAUAGUUCCCAAACAAUCAACUCUUUAUUUGUCCUUCUGAUAGUGAGACAGUUGUUAUCUUUAAUCCAUUUGAAAGGGUUUGGUUUUAAUGUGGCAUUACCUGUUGAAUAAGAUAAAGUAGAAUAUAGAUGAGAAGAAAAUACAUCUCUCACUGAUUUCAAGUAAUUGUACAGACAUCCAGUAUGUUGUGUCCGAUGAUUUAAUCUGCCUGGUCAUCUUUCAAGAAUAAGUCCAAAUAUUCAAGGCUCCAACACUAACAGUGGAGAGAGGACACUGGAAUGCAAGGGAUCAUUGAUUCUUGCGCCAGAUGAAUCCCUUAUUAAUAGGCUUCAACAUGCCCUAAAACAAAAUAAAAAAAUCCAACUUUGUACAGACAUCAAAUGAGAAAUGUGGUUAUUGCCUUUCUCACACUGGACUCACAGUUUUAGGAAACUUGGUUGGACUAUGAGCUAACUGAGAUCCACUGUAGCGUAUAUUAAGUUGUAUACUAACCACUUUAAAAUACCUUUAUAAUAAUCUUAAUACUGUACCAGCAGUUGCUCACUGUGUUUAAUGUUCAUUAAAACUGUCAUCAAUGCUAGCAUGUUCAGCUAUCAGAGCAGACAAGGUAAAAAUAACCUGCCACAUAUCAGCAUGUUGGUGUUUUUAUUCAAAAUAUUUAACUUCGCAAGUGAGAUCAAUAUGUGGAUUCAUUUGGUCUAUUUAGUGCGAGUCAUUCCGUUCUCAUUGCAGCAGACAGUUAUGAAUACAUACUGUUUAAUAAUGGCAAUGUUUAGAGCAGUGUUUUUCAGGCCUUUUCCAUUAAUUUAUUGUGGUUGGAGAAUUUAUAUGCUGAAACAGGAAUGACUGCAAAUGAAAAUAAGAGUCUUAAAUCUUUGUUAGAGUUUUAUUACAGUAUUACUGUAAGGACAAGCUGGAAGUAAUUUAGAUUUACUGCUGCUUUUUUUUAAUCUCAGUAGACUCAAUAGAGAAUGAUCUGCCACAGCAGAUAACAACAAAUCCUUAUAUUUGGUCUCCUUUAUUUGGUUGUUUCAAAUGCAAAGAAAUCAUGUUGCCUCCUGGAUUUCCUUUAAAAUGUGUAAUUUGUGUGAUCAAACUGAGACUAGUAUGUUUUACAUUUCUUUCUCUGUGUUCACAGGGACCAGCCUGGUACUGACCAGACCAGCACUGAUCUGCUCAAGUCUGGCCGCAAGUUCUGCUGGUCCAGAGAAGCCCAGUACCUGUAUCUGCGCCGCCUCUCAUCUCGCAGCUACUCGGCUAUUAUGAUGGUAAGUUUUAUUUCUGUUCAUAAUAGGUUUUGGUUUUGGGGAGUUGUGGUCCUGUUGACCUCCUGAACUCUGUGGUCCUGAACUCAAACUUUAGCAACUUUGAAUACUUGAAUUUGUUAAAAAAACAAACAAACAUUAGUAUCAUCUACUGUUAUGUUGUUUUUAUUGGCUGUGUGUUUUUAUGGCCUCUGAGGCUUUGGUGGUUUUCAUGCUUUUAUACCAGUUGGACGGUUGUGCUUCUGUCUUGAUGGAAUUUCAUGAAUUUUAAUCUUGUAAAAAAAAAACUCAUUUAUAAUCCCAUCAGUGAAAGAGCUUAAAAAAUACAUGCAUGUACUUUUUCUUUUUUCCCCCCAUUUGGUUUUUGAUAAUGUUUAUCCACAAUAUCCAAAAAUAGUUGGUAAGCUGUAAACUAGGCAGCUUCUCCCCCUCAACAAUGAGCGUUUUGAAAUUUCAGGUUGAGUGAUUCACUCCAACUCUGACUUCUUUCCUCUUUCCUUAUUUGGAUGAAAUUUCUUUGUAGUGAGUCCUCCUGCAUCCUGGAUAGUGAUUAACCACAGCGACGUGUCAUGUCCUGGAUGCUUCAUUGUUUUAAUGACUUACUCUCACAAAUUAUUCAGGCCAGUGAAGCUGCUUUGCAUUAGGAUGGCCUAUUUUGAGGCAUAUUCUGCAUAUUUCAGUGGAUGUAAAAGCACUGUAUCAACCUUAAUCUUUUCAGCCGUUUCUUUGUUAUUACUGAUUUCUGAAGACAUUUCUACUCUCAGUUGAACAUUUUUGGAUAAAGUCAUGCCCUCUGUGCCUCCAGGAUGUUUUGUUCCAUUUCUAAAAUGGUGGCUUUGGGUUCGAAAUGAAUACGUUUUCUGAAGUAUAAAGGAUUUGGAAGAUUUCAGGGUCAGUUGUAGUCCUCAUCAGAUAUUUCCUGUGUUGCCAAAUACUGGAUAUGGUCAGGCUUACAUGGAUAGUAUUACACACAGGAACACACACAAGCUCUCAAACAAUAGGUUAUUGUGGGGCAGCUGCACAUACUUUUCUGCUUGUUUUUUUUUCCUGGUUCUUUGCUUUAGCUGGUCACAUAUAAGAGCCUUUACAUUUUUGUCAUAGCUUGUUAAAUAAGCUAAAUGUUUGGAGUUUUGUUAGUUUUACUUUCUUACUGUCAUUUCAGAUAAAUGUUAAUGCUGAGCACACAGUGAUGAUUUCAACAAUAGUACUUGUAACUUUCUUGUAACACUUCAUGGAAGAGCCUUUCCUGUCUACACAACAAUCCCUCUGCUCGCAAAGGCAUGCCUAACAGGACAUUUUUUUCUCUCUUUGGUGUUGACGCAUGUGACUGACCUGCAAAGCCUUGACCCCAUCAACACCUUUUAGGAUAAAUUGGAGCCCUUGAUUUAAACCAGGGGCUGUCACUUAUUACAGGACACCAGUUAUGCUCUUGUGGGUCAUUUGUGGCUUAAAUCUUAGAAGCCAGGUUUCAUACUCUGGAAAAAAAAAGUAAAAAAUACAACAACCAUAACCUGUCACUAGGGAUGUCCUAACUCAAUUACCAGAUCAGAGUUAAUAUGAUUUUGCAUUUUAGUCAAACAUCUCACCAUAAUAAACUGAGUCGAUUUGGGGCAGACACUAGUAACUUCAAACCAGCAAACUCCAGACUUUAUAAGUGAAGGUAUAUACCCUCAAGAAAGCCAAGAAAUCAUCAAACAUCACAAUGGUUGUGGGCUUAUAAAUCACUUUGGACAACCCAUCUAUUAUCAUGGUAGAGAGUGGAAGUUUUUGCCGUCUUUCUGCAUGAAACAAGCUCACAUCUUUUUUUUUUUUUGUCAUUUUCAUUACAAAGCAAAAAGUGUUAUUAUUAUUGUUAUGUUUGACAUCGACAUUUUUGUCCAUCCAAGGACUUGUAGUGUUUUUGUCACACAGUGAAUAUUGACAUGAUAUAAUAUAAUAAUGGGUAGUCAGGUCUUAAAAAUUGGAAAGAAAAAAAUGACCCUGAAAAAAAUCAGCCCACUUGCCCAGAGUCCCUGAGGGUUAAAAAAAAGUUUUAUUUGGAUUGUGUUCAAAAAAAGAUGAUAAGGAGAGUCGUUUCAGACACUUAAAAAAAAUAAAAAAUAAACCCUAUUCUUUAUUUGAUUUACAUUAUUGCGGUUUUUGUUGUGGAGUGAACAAACAAAAUAAUUCUAAACAAACAGUGUUGAUAAAAAAGGAUAGAUACCAAAUCAUUUAUUUUGUCUUAAUUAGCUGAGUGGGUUUCCUCAUAGGGUCUUUGUUUUGUAUCCUGAGUGCUUUGGGUAUUUAUAACUCACCUAAUUAGAAGUGCAAUGAAUGCAAAAAUAUGCAUCUAUUACCAAUACAUUCCAAACAAGUUUCCCUGUUAUGGUCGGAUGCUUCCUUUCGACUGUCUUUGAAGCAUGUUGUGCAGUGUUUCAUGUGUUUUUGUGUUGUCUGUGUGUCUGGAAGCCUCACAGCGUGCUUCCCAACAAUCAAACGGGAAUUUUGGACGAUUCCAUGUCAGGUGCCACAGAGGUGAAAGACCCUUUCAUAGAUGUGUUAGUAAUGUUAUGAACCGUUUAUUAUAGAUUAAAAACUAAAUAAAACGUUUUCUAAGGUCAAAAGAAGCUUGGUUUUGACUUGUGUGAAAUGAAGGAUUUUUAUUGUAGUUGUUUUAAAAUAUACCCUCCACCCUUUACUCCUUUUUGGUACGACCUGAAGCGAAGCUAGGAGUCGUCGGCGCUAAUUUUCUUGUGAAUGCUGAUUCUUUACGUGUUUAGAGAGUGAGGAGAGACGUUAACAGCGAAGAAGAGGAGACUUUUUACUCUUUAACACUGUUUAUCUUCCAUUAUCAUCUAUCCUGAGCUGACUUGGACCCAAAGAAAUCUUAAUACUUAUAGAUUUUUUUUAAACCUUUGGUACCACCCCGGGAUAGUUCAAAGUGCGUGAUGCCAGUAAACGGAGGGGGUCUGCUCUCUUUGAGUAGAUAUGCCACCCAGUAUUUCACAGUAAGUACCUCCAUUGUUAAAAGAAGGGAGGGAGAUUACUAUUUUUGUCUUGUUUAAGUGUUUUGUCUGCGUUUUGAAGUAGAAGUAGAACUUUUUAAGUGUCCGUAACUCCAGUUGAAGCCUGUUGCAUCCCGCUGCACCUGCUGUGAUAGCUGUGAGCUAGUUACAACAGUGGAUCAUUUUAGUUUGUAGAAACAGGUCCAAAGUUCAUAAUAAAUCCUCAUUUCCAAAUGGUUCAUAUCAAUUUAUGCCAGAACUAAUCGUCUGUUUGUUUCUGGGUGUGCUGUGUUUCACUGCAUUAGUCUCUUAUAUCCUUGUUGCUUCGACUUUGCCAGUUAUAACUCUGUCUCAUGGAGCAACGGCUGGUGGUUGUAGUCAAGCAGAAAAAAAUGGACACGAGUGGAAACAUAAUUAUCUGUUAUUUGAAGUGUAAAUAUUAAUAAUUGAGGCUUAUUUUUUGGAAGGUUGUGCUGUGGUUUGUUGUUCUGUCCCGUGCCUGAAGUUGUAAUGCAGGUAUUUGACCGCUAGGGGUCAGACUAACUCAAUUUUUCUGUUGACAGCCUCCAUAAACAAAAACACUGAAACUACCGAAUGGAGUGUUAUUGAGAUUAAUGUUACAACAAUACAAAAAAUAAAGAAAGUUAAAAAUAAAAAACAAAAAAACCGUUGAAUUUCACAAAUUCCCAACUGGAAUUAUGUAAAGAUAGGGGAAAAUGUUUAAAAUAUUAUACUAACACAGGGCACCUGUUAGUUAAUUUGUUAUGAACAAAAUUUUGUUAGUUAAAACUUGCAUGCUAUGUUGAGUAUUAAAACAGUGCCACAUUUUGUAGUUAUUUUACAUGCUCAAAAUUUUAUCUCUCAUUUUUAUUUCAAAUGUAGGCACCACUGUGGAUUUUUUGAGGGUUCAUCACUAAUCAUUAAUCCCAUAAUCCUCAAAAUUCAUCUCUUAUAUUAACUGUGACUUUGCAUUAUGAAAUCAACCCACACAUUCUUAUUCUUGUUUUUGAAAAAAAAGUCAUCUCAUCCUCUAAAUAAUUAGUUUUCUAACUCACGACCUGUGAGGAUGACCCAGUAUUUCAGCCUCCCUCCUCAUUAGUGAGAAUGUGUUUGUGUUUUGUUAUAUAAUGGCUGACACUCAGGAGGCUCGGACUUAUCCGACAGGCUGGCCUAUGAGCAGCCAUCAUAAUCAUAUCACAUAGCACAAGAAGUCCGUCUGAUUAAAACUGCUCUGACCUUGCCUCGAGCUCUUCCACUGGCCUCUGCCAAAUCUGACUUUCAUGAGUUAAUGUUUCCUCUGUUUGCACGAAGUCCUCUCCUCUUCUGCUGUAGGUUUCUGUUUUCUUUUUUGGGGGAAAGUAAUGUUCAACAAAGCACACCAAUAGUUUUUUUCCCUCUUAUUUUCAACUGCACAGCAAAAAGUGCAAAAUACACUUGACCUUGCUCUCACACAUUCCCUUACACUGCCCAGACAGUUUGUCUUUUGUAGUCUGAGUUUGUGGUGUAAUCUGAUAAGAUCAAUAUACUUGGAUAGUGACAACUUAUACUGUAAAUUCACAGUAUAAUACUGUGUAAAUACAUAGAUCUAACACACUGAUCAAAUGGUUUCAUUGUGAACACCAUAGACUUUAUAUACUAUGGACAACUUGGUUCCACCUUCUGCCUGUAUUCGGAUUUGAAGCCAAAAAGCUCUCGUUAAUUCUGCGUUUUUUCUCCAUUUCCUGAAACCAACACUGUGCUGUAGCGCCGAGAGUGAGCGACGCAAUCUUCAUACGCCAAUAGGCUGUAUUAGGUUUCAGUCAUAGAAAACAUGAACCCAGUAAUAACUUUUAAAAACAGAGCUGCACAGAAAAAAAGAGGACUUGAACACAAACCAGUCUUACAAUAACUACAUGUCAACAUCGCAAGAAGGGGGGGGGGGGGGGGGGAUAGAUUUUCUGUGUAAUAAACUUCUUAAGUUUGUCCACAGCCCCAUAAGGUUUUCUGGUGGAGGCGGGAUUUAUGACCUAUACUGCAGCCCGUCAACAGGGGGUGCUGUUCUUGGAGUGUCUUCACCCAGCAAGGAGGCAGACACUGUCCAUUCUAUAUACAGUCUAUGGUGAACACUAAAUACGCUGAGGCUGAAAACAAAGUAGAGCACGAUGUGUUAACUUAGAAUUUUCUUACCUUUCAGAUGUAAAUUAAAAAGUACAGAGAUACAUGGUGGUAUUAUUUGGUACCUGCCUCCAUCACCAAAUAAAUAAGUCAAUUUAAAUGUCAAAAAAGGCUUAAACACAAUCUAAUGCAGCUUAUUAAUACUUUUGCUUACUGUAGUGCAUCCUAAAAUACAUGAUGAGACACUGGCUGAAUAAUAGCCAAAUUAAAAACACAACUAAAAACUGCACACUGUGAAACAUCAGUUUAUUAUUUUUGCUUUUCUAAACCCAUAAACUCACCUCUCCUUCAUUUGGGAUAGGCAGGAGCUGGAGACAGUCUUUAAAUUUAUUUUUAACAUCGAUUUAUUUUGGUUGAUUGGGGUUUAGUUGUUAUUUACAGCCUUGAUUUCUUAGCUGAUCCAGCACAGAAAAAGAUACUCCUUGUCACUCACUGGGGUAUUUAUUUCUUCAGUCUUUUUUUAAUCAACUGGUGGGAGACGGUAGCACCGACAGAAGGCAUGCUAGCACUGUGGAUUUGUUCUCACAUGUAGUAUUGAUCUUUUUUUUCAAUAAUAGUGAUAGUUUCAUCAGCAGGUGCUAAUCAAUAGGACAUAAAUGUUUUAUUUUCACAUCUUAUGAGCCGCAGGACAAGAAAGCACUAAUUCCACUUUACUGUACAAGUUUUGGAGUUCAGGAGCUGCAGCUUUGUUUUGUUUGCUGGCAGGAUUGAGGUUGUUUGUGAAACUGGCCUACAUGAGCAAAGACUUCUUCUGAGGAUAAGACUUUGCUACUAAAUGGAGCCACUUUUUCAUGCACGGGCUAAGAUGUUUGUGUCCAUAGCUGGUUUGACCCUGUAUUGGGUGGUUAUUUCAGAGUUUUGUAACCAUGACAGUUUUAAAGUAUAUUGAAGACACUGUCCAAAGUUACCUUCAACCAGAACAAGGUGAAAGAAAGAAGAGCGAAUUACAGAUAAACAAGUCUGAUAGAAGUGCAAGACUAUGAUCCCCGUUUCGUUCUUGUCUUUGUUAUUUUUUGCAGUAUUUGUCCUGUUUUUAUGCGCAUUUGGCUCUUUGCGGUCUCCUGCUGCUGCUGCUGCUGGUCAUCUGGUUUCCCCUGUGGGCCAGAAGAUCAAAAAAGUGGGUUAUGAUGGGUGAGCUGCCAGUCUGAAUCGUGCCCCCGUUUCACUAAGCCUGGCCAUGAGAUGUCAGCGGCACACAGAUUUGACUUUCCACUUUAUACUAAACCCAAAAAAAAAAUCCCCAUUACUUAAAAUCCCAGCCAUUGUGCUUCUCAGCGAGUCAAAUUUUCACUCUGAGCAUGUUUUAGGGGGAGUUUCUUUCUUUGGCGUGAGAGUCAUCUCCAAAACUUGGAAGAACGUCCGGUGUAUCUAAAGUGCUCCGCAGUCAUCAGACCCAAAGUGCGAGGGUUGAUUUGUUGUUGGGUUUAUGGAUGAACACUCGGGAUGUUUAAUCACCGCAUGCCUGUGCAGGAGUUGGUGUGUCUGAAUGUUUACACUGUCUGCAGACGGUGGGAUUUGUACUGAAUGUAGGCCAGCAGAAUCCCUCUUACGUCAAAGGCAGGCAGGCGGGCAGAUGCAGGAAGAGAGCUGCUGGUGGUUGUGCAGCUGUGACCAUGGAGGAGGCUGUGGCGCACAUCAGUCUGCCAGAGCACCGCUGGCGGUGAGCAGGGAGAGACGCAGAUAGGAAGAGACGCAGAACAUCCGCGAUGAAGACCGUCCUCAGCCUGCACAGGAAAUGGGCCCACGCGGUCAAGACCAUACGUAUCCUCCAGGGACUCGUGAGUUUGAUUCUGAUACCGUUGCACAGAUUUGAGAGGGCAAGUGGCACGGUCAGGCAGCUGGACCUGACAGGACUUCUGUAGCGGACCUGAAAGCUUUGUUUAUUCUUUUUUUAAUCAGAUGUUAAUCCGUUGAUUUAAGCGUAUUUGGGCUGGAUUUUAUUUUACAAAACAAGAGAGCACUAAUUCAGAAAAGUGGUGUCAAGUGUUACAAGUUGAUUAUUUUGGAUCUAGAUUGAUAAUAAUAUAUUAAUAGGCUGAUGUAGGAAGUCCAUAUCAGAACAGACUUAUAUUUUUGCAUAGAAAUGAGAUAUUGACUAUCGAGACUUUAAAACAGUGUUUAAUGGUAAAAGAUGAUUCAUUUAUAAGUUUUUACUUCAUGUAGACUUACUGUAAAGUCCUAUCAAAGAAUUGAUUUUUUUUUUUUACUGACUGGGAAACUUUUUACAGUGAAUGGGGUAAAGUUAAAGAUAGGUAAAAAGUGAAACUUAUACUUAAGUUUAAUUCUGGUUUUGAUUAUUUGCACUGGGUUGAAAGGUUAUUUCUCAAAACCUCAUAACAGAAAGCAAAGUGAAAUAAAGUAUGACUUGAAACAAAAACCUAGAUGAUGUCAUGCUAUUGGAAAUAUAAACUUGCAUGUCCUUGAAGAGAAAUGAGUUUUCCUCCGUGUCUUUAGUCUCUGGAAAUCAACUUAAUCCUGGUAAAUAUGAAUAAAUUUGAUGUCAAAAUUAUGAAUAAGCGACAAAGGUGAUGGAUGGGCUGAAUCAUUUUUAAAUUACUUAACAGGAAACAACAAAAUUAGUUUAAAUCUUGUACAACUGCAGAAUUAAUAUAAGAUAAAUUGCACCAUUAGUUUGGAUGUUUCUUUUUUUGUUUGUUUUUGUCUGAAAUUUAAUCUGACAAAAUUUAGAGGUUUUUUUCACUAUCAAGAUUGCUGGAAGGACUAAUUUAAUAAGUGAUUAGUCCCUUGUUAGCAGCUCACUGUGACCAAAGUGUUAAAAAUAAAAACUAUACUCAGAUUUCAUCCUCUUACUUUCUUCAUUGACACCUUUUUGAGGUCAUUUAUUGUCUGAAAACAAAACUUCAUGACUUCAGUUUAGCCCACUUUAAUUCUUGUUUGUCUGUACUAUCAAUCAGAAACAGUUGUUAAAUUGAUUCACAGUCACAGCGGUCGUUAGUAACAGUCAAACACUUUGCUGAGUUGUUUAGAUUUUAGUUAUUAAUGGCUUGAAGUGUCUCGUGUGUAACAGGUGUUUGUCUCAAACUUGUCGGCUGGCUGUGUAGUGGAACGGUCUGUUAGAAAUCAAUUCAUCCCAGAUUAUUUUUAACCGCCGGUUAAAAAAGGAGCCAAGUGAUGUUUAAGUGUUCUCAUCGAUAUUUCAUCAGCCUGAGCCAAAAGUUCCUUGUUGUAAACAUCCAGCUGAGGCCCCUCAUUGUUCUUCAGCGAGCUCCUGGUUGUGUAAUGGCAACAUGAACCGACACCGUCCUUACAUCAUGUGUUACAUUAUUAAUCUGUUCCUGGAAUAAAACUAACCGUGGUAAUCUAACCUUUCUCUCCACAGAACCCGGUCAUGGAGGAGACCGUGUGGGAGCAGUACACCGUGACCCUGCAGAGGGUGAGUCCAUCUGCACCGAAACAUGCCAGGGCUCAUCUCAUUUACACUGUUUACAUUUUAGUCAUAAACCCCAGAGCAUCAGAGGGAAAGCAUUGAAAUAUUAGUCUGAUGUGUCGCAGUCAGCUAAAGAAGAGCAGACAAAAUACUGAUGAAACACAUUCAGCGUCGAUACGAGCGAGAGUAAACUUCUGCAGGGGUGUAAAAGCUGUUUUUAAUUUCAGAAUUACAACAAAUGAGUAGUCUUUCCAGGUGAGCUAUGAAACAACUUAAAAAAGAACACUACAAGAUCCAUAAUGUUGUUAAAAAGAUUAAUAUGUGACCGUAAAACUAGUCGUUCAUCAAGAGUAGAGAGCAAAAGAAGAAAUAAAUGGAGGCGCCACAGUAUGACAACAUAAAAAAAAACACAUUAGGUAGCACUGAUGUAACUCUGAAUCAUUGCACACACUGUUAAAUGACCAGAUAGUGUCAUUUAAGUGCUGAUUGUCUUUUAAACUUUAUAAGGUGGUAACAAACACAGCUAUAAGUGAAUGAAUGCUCCUUGUAAAGGAACAUACUUAUAGGUGGCUGUAUCUGUUCAGUAGCAGUCUGUUGCCUGGUGAGUAAAUGCAGUCGUGUCUAAACUUAAACCAGGUGUCAAGAUGACGUUUUUACAAAGACCACAAGCAGGGUCCAUCACCCAGAAGAACCUCUGUCAGUGUGACCAAACAUGAAAACAGUACCUACAGUUGUCUACAGCACAAAGGGUUGGGGAGGUGCUGGUUUUGAUUUACCUGCAGCCAAAGUCAAGUUUCCUCUUGGAGUUUACCAUGUGUGUCUCUGCUCUGCCCUCCAUCACCACCAUGAUGCUAGUGAUGGUUCGAGGGUCCUUUUAGCACUUAAUGAAGACAUAUGCUCUAUGUGUGUGUUCAAAGUCACAAAGUUGCGCCGACCUCAUGUUUAUGUUAUUCCCAUGCAUGUGUGUGAAUGUUCAGAGACAAUGCUGAAGGAUAUAAACUGAUUAAAAAGAAGAAAUAGUAAAACCAUUAUUCGGCAUUUUUAAUAAAGUAAAAAUUCGUCUCGUAGAAUUUUGUCAGACUUUGUUCACCUGAAGUGUUUUCUGAAGCUGUGAAGUGAUGAUAAAAAUAAUACCAGGAAACUUAUAUCUUAUGAAUUUUGAUAAUUUGGCAUCUCAAUUUGACAUGCUUUGAAGGAGAAGAAGAAGAAGAUGCAGCAGUGACUGUAAAGAUUAUUUCAGCUCAGCCUUCUUCCUUAUCAGCUAACAUUGGUUUUUGAGAAGGUAAAGGUUUUGUACAGACCAUGAGUUGUCUCAAUGUGCGAUAAGAAAUGGUGAGAGCUCAACACCUGCUUUUGAGAUGCACUUCUAUCUUUGAAAGCAGUGAUACAGCAACUCUAUUUACAUCCCCUUUACAUACUUGGUUGUAUCUGUGGUGGAUCACCCGAUCAGCCAAGAGAAGCAGGUUUUCCUUGUUUGAGUUAAACACGUUUGUGUCUGUAUGAGCAGAGCAAACAAGCUGAGCUUCGGUAAUCAUCCUGAUGAGCUCAUUGUCUCUUGCUGUGCUUCUCUAAAGCCAGAAAAGCAGAUUCCGGGGAAAAGGUCCCUCUGCUGCAGUCUUGUGACCUCUGACUCUCAACCGCUCUGCAGCCAGCUGUCAGACUCGGACUAUCCCCUACAUUUACUAUCCAGCCUCUUUAACCGUUAGCCUGUUUGUUAAACUAGCUUCGCUUUAGGAUCUGUUGCCUCUGUCUCUAAGAUGUUUGUUACAGCAGUAUGGAUGAUGUGGAGUGCAGUGGUACCCUUAAAAUCAGCAGUCAAAAACAGGAAUUGACCCCAAAAAAAACGUAAUCAGAAGGGGAUAUUGUGUUUUUACCGUGCACGUGUUUUGAUUUGAGUGCACACAACAGAGAUUUUCUUCCUGCAGCCACAGAGAACGAUCAAAAAGUCGUGUCUGACUCUGUUGUUUAUUGCUCUGACCCGUGCUCACAAACCAAAAAGCACCACCUCCCUGUGUCAGAGCAGGUGUCAGUCAGUGUGUACAAUGAAAGAAAAUCGUGGCAAGCUUGAGCUCUUUCUCUGCCAAAUUUGAAGUCGUGAAGGUACAGAGUUGCAGGCUUUCGCAUCUCCCCUUCAACAGAUCAACAGAUCUAAGUUGUUUGUCAAUUGAUUACUCAGGUGUCUUCGGUCCAAAAGGAUUCAAAGGAGCAGACACUGGCUGUCUGACUCAUCAUCAAAUAGCAGAAUAACUCCUGACCCUCGUUGAAGCUCUCAGUUAAAUCACAAUAAGAAGGGAAAGAAACGAGACAAAGCGACUGUGUCAUCAUUCCUACUAAAAGCACAAAGCUGUAAAGUUGGAGUCGUCACUGUUGAUCGUAUAACCAGCUAACGUCUUGUCAGAUGUUCUCAUACAUGAUAUAAAAGGCAGCUAAUGUAGCUGAGGCUUUAUUUGACUUUUGAGGCUUUAUUUUACAGUUCUCACCUGGUGUUUGUAUACUGGGACGAGGACAGUUGUCCAGUUAAAUUACCUGGUUGAGUUUUGACCAAACUGUUCACAUAAAAAUACUGUUUUGUGUAACCUCUAGCACCAAGAGUUUCAAGAUUUUCCUUUUUCUGCAACCAGCUAAUAGAUCAGAACUUUGUUGAUAAAGACUUUGAAUCUCCUCUUUAUCAAGGGGCAGCUCCAGGACACACACACACACACACACACACACACACACACACACACACACACACACACACACACACACACACACACACACACACACACACACACACACACACACACUUGUGAACCCCUUCAUACAUCAUUAAUCCCAUGCCUCUUUUGAAAAAUGUAUCACAAGAUCGCACUCGCAGGUUUCUUGGCUGUACAGUCCGGUACUAAUCUUGAGCGCGUUGCUCACUUUUGGAGGAAUAUUCCCGGGUUUGAGUCGGUGGAAGAACCGUCUGUUCUGUAAACAAAUAUAAAAAUAGUCUUUGGCCCUCAGGGUUAUAAAACCUUUUCAAAAUCUGGUCAUGUCAAAGAGGCUUCCUCAUCAGACCUUACAAAACAGGCUAUGGUCAUAAGAACUAGAUAGCGGAAAUCUGCUUACGCUCGUGUUUUUUAUUGAACAUUUUGAUUCCUCCGAGAUUUUUGUCAAUGAAAGGAUCUUUAAGACAAAGAAAAAAGAGGCUGUUCAUGUCUUGUUCAUGUCCUGUGCGCCUCUGUUUGUUCCUCUGUUUUCACUUUCUCCCUCCCUCUGCCUCCACCACCAUCUGCCAGAGACAGAGGGGUGAAUAGUGUGCUUUUUUUUUUUUUUUUCCUUUUUUAAGUACAGAUGGGAGGGAGGGGAUAAAGAGACAGGGUCAUCAAAUCUCUGACCUAAUCUCAUCUGGACAAACUGGAGCAGAGAGGCAGGUAGAAUCACACUAAGCAGAAACACUUCUCCAAAGACGUAAGGCGCCUCUAAAAACGGAGAAAUUAACAAGUUCUGACUGCGUGCACAGAUCAGCGCAAAUCUUGUAAUGAUAUUUGCACUAAGGAUCAGCAUAGUUGGUUUCACACACGAAGAUUACAAAUGAUUGUCAUGGAGGCGCUAAAAUACUGCACCAUCAUACAUGACUCCCCUAUGCACAGCAGUAAUCACAAUCAGAGUCAAAAUCCCUGUAAUCGCCCCACACAAUACGCAUACAGCCAUGAUAAUACUGUUUGAGCUCACACACACAACAGGGAUUACAGGACCUCUCGCUCUCCAUCAAUCACACGCUGUAAAACCCAAAUGAUAAAGAUUCAACUUCAUUUCUGUGUUUCCUUAUUUUUGUUUUCAGGAUCCAAAGAUGGGCUUUGGGAUCGCCGUGUCAGGGGGACGGGACAAUCCGAACGAAGACAGCGGGGAGACGUCCAUCGUGGUCUCUGACGUCCUGCAGGGAGGACCUGCUGACGGCUUGUUGUUGUGCGUGUUACUGUUGGCAUUUAUUUAGAAUAAAUCCCUGAACUACAUCACACUGUAAAAUCAGAGGACACUAAGAGACUAUAGAGCAGUUUCAUGUUAGCAGCUUAAUGUUACACAUGCACAGACUAACAGACUUGUAUUUGUGACCUUAUUUUCUUUUAUUUCAGUGUGUAAAUGACCAUUAAAAAAAAAAAAAAACACACACAAACCCACUCCAGCGGUCAGCUCCAACAGGACUGUAAUGGCUAAACUUAAUCCUCAGGGGCCAAUCAUCCGGUCAAAGUGCAACACUUAAAGUGAUUAUUUCUGCUGCUGAAAGUCCCAGAUUUGUAUUUAAGUGGAUGAGAACAUUGGUAAGGAUAGAUAAAGUGAUAGACCUCUUUGUUUAAGGGAAGAAGCUUUGGAAACCAGAACAGUUUGUAAAUUGCUCUGAGUUGUUUUUCCUUGUUCAACACAAAAGCAGCUGGUCUGCCUCUGCCUGAAUAUGUCAGUGGUUUUGUUUGAUUAUGUGGCAGAUAUUUUAGUUGGAUCUAAAAUAAUCAUUUGUGUAUUGAACUAAAUGUAAGAUCAUUGAAAAACAUCUAAAAAAGAGAAAUGAAGCCAGAGUAUGUGAUAUACAAAAGUGGAGAGCCUUAAAUGUUCUCAUGAGUUUGUGACUGACAGGAGGGGGCGUCUUGUAAUCAGGGUCGCCCUAUAUUCAGGUCAUUAUGGUAAAUCCCCACUGUUACAAAAACACACGAUAGCAUUUGAUCAAGGCUGUUGAGACCGACAACAAACUCAUGACUCAUUUGAUAAAUGACUUUAUUGGAUUCAUCAACUUUUAUGUGACAACUGCUAACAUGGAUUAGCUCUGAAAAAGUCUCAUAUCUGUCCAACAAGUUGAAGAUUUGUUUUCUUCUUUCAAGCAUUGACACGAUUGGAAACACUCCAGCCAUAAACUGAAGCUUUUAAUAAAAAUAUAUAAAUAUGAGUCAUAAAAUCCAGUCCAAAAACAUGCCCAUACUUUUUGCUAGGACCAUACCCUGGAUAUAGAUUUACAUCCUUUCUUAACGCUCAUUGGCCAAAAAAAGCCACUGACAUUGACUUCUGUAAAAACAUAUUGGAUUCAUAUUUUUUCCAGAUUUUUUUUUCAUAUAUCUCUUAAUUAACUUCUGUUCUAUUCAAAACUAGUAAAUGUUUCAUUAAGAAUCCAAAUUUUAACCUUUUAAGGACCCAUUUAAAACAUAAAGUCACUAAUAUGGGGAAAAAAUUGGAGGAAAAUGACUGAUUUUUAUUAGAUUCAUUUUCUACCAUUUCAGUUCACAUUUACUAGUUUUGAUCAAAGCAAAAGUUACUUAAGAGAUAUAUGAAAAAAGUGUCCAUCAAUAUAAACAUCUGCACAAAAAAUCAUCCCAUUUGCUGCAGUAAAAAAAAGUUACAUGGAAAUUAGUGGCUAAAUUUUGCCCCUAGUGGCUGAUUUUAGCCACAGCGUUACACAAAGGUUGAGUGUUGUCGUUUUUUUUUUAAAGUUAAGCAGGUUAACUCACAUCUAUGUGUUUGUUUUCUAGUGAGAAUGACCGAGUGAUACAGGUGAACGCCAUCCCCAUGGAGGGAGCCAUCCACUCCUUCGCUGUGCAGACUCUGAGGAAGUGUGGCAAAGUCGCCAAAGUUGUGAGUUAGACCUGAGUUUAAAUUGUUGUUUGGAUAUGAUUGUUUUGAUACCCUGUAAAUAAUGAAAGGUGGGUCUAAAAUUGGCUCCCUUUUCUUGUUCAGGAUUUCCUUUUUGUUGAUAAGAUACCACAGAGACACACAGUGAAUUAAAAGAAUCAAAAUUAGGGGUUUCAUUUGUUGUUAUGAUAUUCUGACCUUUAUGUCUGUUUACUUUCAUCAACAGACGGUCAAGAGGCCGAGGAAAGUUCCGGUAAAUCUCCUGAACCGCCCUCCAUCACCUGAUGACAGAGUCUUCAACACCGACUACAACGAUGACUAUAACUACGACCAGGACCGCCGCAGUGUGUACAGCGGGCGGAGCGGUGGAGGGCGAGACCACAGCAUGGAGAGGGAGCGCGGCGGAGGAGGCUACAUGGAUUCUGGCUACCAAACGCGUGAGCGUGACUAUGACAGGGACUAUGACCGGCGGGAACGUGGCAGGAGCACAGAGAGAGACCUGAGUCCAGACCGGCAGUACAGAAGAGACGGCAGCAGAGGGCGCAUGUUGGACAAAGAACGCAGUCCAGAUCGACGCUACAAGAGCGACCACAUGCUGGACCGUGACUACAGCCCAGACAGGAGGUACCCGAGGGACCACAGUCCUGAUCGGCGCUACCGCAGCGAGCGAGCGCUGGACAGGGAGUACAGCCCAGACAGACGGUACCGCAGUGAGCGGACGCUGGACCGCACUAACAGUCCGGACCUGCGCCACAGACGGGACAGCCCAGCGCGGGGCCACGGGCGAGACCACAGCUUCGAAAGAGGACGGGAACGCGCCCCCUCUGAGCCGAGAAGAUAUGACGAGCCGAUAAGGCGGAGUGGGAGCAGAGACCGCCUGGACCGCACACCAUCACCUGCAGCAAUGCCCAUCCCUCUGCCCCGCCCAGCCCGGGACCUGGAGCCCCUGGAGAAACCUCUGAACGUGCUGCUGCUGAAGAACCGGCCCAACGAAGGUGAAGUACAACAAACUCUGACAUCAGUUUUUAAGAGAGGGUCUUAGACUGGGUCAGACUGUUAGUAAAGGGCUGUUCGCUGUUAGCAAACAGAAGAAAGACCAUUGAUAGAAGUAACCCAGGAGAGUGUGAAGGGGAGAUCUAUGAUAUAAUGACAAUGAUGGUUACAAACUCUGCAUCUGUGCUGAUACUCAAAGUGAUUUAUUCUGUCAUUCACAGAGUACGGUCUUCGUCUGGGCAGUCAGCUUUUCAUCAAAGAGAUGACCAGCACAGGACUGGCCAGCAGAGAUGGGAACCUGCAAGAGGGGGACAUUAUAUUAAAGGUAAACUCAAGGCUUUGUGGGGUUUUAAAGAAAACGAGUAGCCUAUUUUCAGUGAUUACAGUCCAAUCCAGAAUAUGAGAUUCAUCCAAGCUUUAACUGUCCUGCCAAUUCAGAACAAAUGUUAUCUCAAGAGGUUUCACAAAAAGAGCCGGUCUAAACCAUACCCUGAAUUAGAUGUAUGAAGACACAGCAUCAAGAUAAGAUAAGAUUCGCUCCCGUCUUGUAGGAUCAGACCCACUCUUAUUCCAUCCUAAUCCACCACAAGCAAAACUUUGAAGCAUUUAGCAAGUUACAGCAGUGAGGAAAGACUUGAACAGGCAGAGACCUUAAGCAGAACUAGACUCAUGUUAGACCGUCAUCGCUGCGCCUGUUUUGGGAUUGGAAAGAUGUAGAGGCAGACAUAGAGAGAAUGAGAGAGACGGAUACUUGACAAGACUUGCGCCAGCCCCCUUACAAACUCACUUACAUCCUUUCAGCCAUCACUCCAGAAGUUUAAUUUUGAUUUGAUUUGAUCUUUAUUUGUGUUGAAUAAAUCCAAAAACAUGCCAGAAAAGAAGAUACAAACGUGUCUUCAUAGCAGAUAUAUCCAAAACCAGACACACUGUUGAUGCGUUCAAAGAGGGGCAGAAGGAAAUAAGAGCUUAUGUACUCCUGCCCCUUCUUUAGAUUAUGAAACCAUGAAAGUGUUUUUCCCAUGUCUUAACAGUCACAGGAAUAGCAAAUUAAAAAAAUAAAAAUAAAAAUAAAAAAUCCUCAAAUUUACUGUUCUAGCUCCUCACUUUUAGAGUUGUCUGUGAGUAAUUGUUUAUAACUGCAUUUGAAUUUGAGAAAAGUACUUUUUUCCACUCAUACAGGCUGUUACCCCACAAGUUGAGUUGCAGGUUGACACUUUAAGUGCACCACUGUUUAUUUAAAUGCGUGUUAACAAACAAACGAGGAAGAAAAGGGUUAAAAAGCAAUGCUGUUAAUCUGGUCAGCUUUGCUUUGUACCAGGUGCACUUUGCCUUUAGUGCUUAUCCGGGGUCACUCGCUUGUUUGAGCACCAUCUUCUGGAUACAAUACUGUAGUACUGAAAGACACCUCUCUGAACUUUAUGCUGCCGUAUUGGUCACAGUGAUCAUUAGCACUUGGCCCUUUUUUUUAUAUGGAUUGAAUUUUAUGGCUAAAGUUUGUUCACUGUGGUUUGGUCUUUGCUUUGAAUAAUCCUACUCUUGCUUGUUCAUUGACUAGAUUUCUAAAAGUUAAAGUUACUCAGAAGUAUGUUUGAAUGUAUGUGUGUAUAAUCACAUAUAAAAGUCUGUUUUUGUUGACGUAGUGCAAUUAAGAGAUGUUUCUUCUUAUGAUGAAAAUGAAACGGCUGGAGACCAACUGUGACCAACCAACUCUUUCUUCUUUGCAGUACUUUUCAAAUACUGAAGUUCUCUGGAGUCUUUCAUGUGGUUAGUGCUCCGAUAAGGAGCUGACUUCAUCCUCUCGCUUAUUUCUCUUCUCUCUCUCACUUUCUCUCUCUCUCUCUGUGUCUGUCAGAUUAACGGCACAGUGACAGAAAACCUCUCACUGACUGAUGCUGGAAAGCUGAUCGAGAAGUCUCGGGGGAAGCUGCAGCUGGUGGUGCAGAGAGACAGACGGCAGGUGUUGAUCCGAGUCCCCCCGAUGGUCGACAGCGACUCUGAGCUCGAUGGUGAGAGACCCUUGAAUCUGAAAAGCAGCAGGUCCUAUCCAGUGUAAAGACAAAGCUGGCUACCACCAUCAUCAUCAUACAAACCCACCGCAUAUAUGAACUUCAUUUAAUCAACUCUAUGGAAACUUUUCUGCUGCUGUUGUUGUAUUUGUCCAUCAACUCUGUUUUCAUUCAUACAAUAAACGUUUUACUCACACAUCAGCACUUUUUGAAUAUUUAAUGUGUUUCACAAACGAGCACUCUGGGCUAAACAGAGAUCCACAUCAUUACUGACUACUGCCAUCACUCUUUAUACCUGUUUUUAGUGUCACAUGACCACAUGUGGUACUCUGAUUGGUCAGGGCCAAUCGAGACAAGUGGUGUGAGUGGAUUGUUCACUGACUAAAUGUUUACAGGGAGGAGGGGAAAUAGCUGGAAGACUUGUGACCCACUUUGUCCGCUUUUGGGAGUGUGAGUGUGUGUGAGAGAGUGUGUGUGACUGCUUGUGUGAAGUGCUCACUCCCCUCAGGCAGGGUGAUCUAAUCCCUCGUCAUAAUCCUGCCAUUGGAUAUGACAGAAUUUUCAUUAUAUUAAGGUUCGCACCGCAGCAGCCCUCUGGUUCCUGCCAUCCAGGAUCCCUCUGUGAAAAGAUCUCUGAAAACAAUAGGAACUGAGUGCGUGCGUGUGAGCGAGAGGGGCCUGGAUUUUCAGCUGUGCACGGUUCAGAUCACCUGUAUCAUCCAUCCAGCUGUGGCAAAAUAAUUGGAAAUGCAAACUCAUCUUUUUUUCUACUUUUCAAAGUUGAAAUGUCUUGUUAGUUUUCACAGGUUUGUCACGAUCAGAGCUGUUUCAUUCACAUAAUUACUCUGCUAAUUUACCUUUUGAGUUACAUAACCUUCAUUUGUAUGGUUCCUCUAUUGUGCUUGUUCUCUGCAUCCAUGACCUGUAGGCUGUUUUGAAUUAUGUAACCAAAAAAAACACAGGUGCGUCAAGGAGAAAUGAAGCAUUUUACUCUUUGAGGCAAGUUUUAAUAUUCAUCAUUACCGUGGUUCAGAUGUUCUUGUUGUUGUUGUGUUGCAGAUAUCUCCGAAAUAGAGUCGUACCGCUCCUACUCUCCACAGGAUGACAGGCGGGGGCAUCAUUCCGACCUUUCCUCCCACUCCUCCAAUGAGAGGCUUAGAGAAAAGCCCAGGUAAGAUGGCAUUUCAUCUUGCUGCAAGGGACAAAAUUUCUUUUCAACAUUUUAAGAUUUAAUUACUUGAUUUGAGCCGCAAAGAUUUGAGGAGAAUAUUUAGACGAUCAAAGCCAAAACCAGUCUAGUGCUACUUACACAUCUCCAGUGAUUUUUUUAUCUCUGUGUUAAAUACAGCAGAAAAAUGGGGAUAAUGCUGGAUUAUGUUGAUUUGUGCUUUAUGAAGCUUAGCCAGUCCUCCACAUUAAAUUAAUGAGGAGGAGUUUCUCUUUACUCACUAUGUACUACAACAACUGCCGGUAUAUUAAUCUUCAUCGACCAUUUUGCUUUGUGCAUGUUGACAAAAUUUUCAUCCAUCAGAACAAACUUUUCAAGGUGUUACUGUCAUUUCACAUUCACAUAUGCAUGAAACUCUCAAAGUUCAGGUGGUAUUACAUAGGGGUCGGAGAAAAAAUCAAUACAGCAUAGUAUCGCGAUAUUUUGUCUGGUGAUAUAUAUCGUAUCGUCUCAUAAACCAAGUAUCGAUUAUUCAAAUUAAUUGCUAAUAUGAAGUCAAAUCUAUGAUAAUGGAAAAAUAAAACCAUCUGUUUGUCCAGUGAGGUUGGCAGAGGUGACAUCAUGGAGCAGGAGAAAAUUAGUACGACAAAUAUAUAUGUAAGGUUUGCAAGAUGUGCUACAUGAAAGUAAAAUACAGUGUAAAUAAGACAAACAUGAAGGAAAGACAAAUGCUAAAUUAGCUAAACAGUUAAGAAAUUGUAUAAAUCGCAGUAUAUUGUACUGCAAUACUCACUGUAAUGCAAAAUGUUUAAAAUCGCAAUAAUAUUGUAUUAUGUCCCAAGUAUCGUGAUAAUAUCGUAAUAGUGAUUUCCACUCCUAGUGUCGCAAAUGAGCUUGGACAUGGGAAGUGAAAUUUACUGCCUCAUAAAAAUCACUUUGAAGCUUGUUCAGUGUUUGAGGGUUGCUUGAAAAUUUUAAACUUUGAUGGUACAAAUUAGAACCUGAAAUCCAGAUUGUUGCUUUUUAAUUUGAAGUUAUCAGCAGGUGUUUUGCUUGAAUAAACUCUUUCUGGAGAAUUACCUCACAUUUGUUAAACAACAUAAAAAGAUCUUUGCAAAGGAGGUGUUAAAUGUGAUUUGGUGUUUUUAUCACAGGGAAGAUCCACCCAACAGGCUGGCAAAAAUGGGAGCCAUGCCAACCCCGUUCAGACCACCUGACAGAGCUGCGGAGGACACGCCCCCUUUGCCAGCUGAGAGGGAGGAGCCACGAUCAGAAACACCACCAGGUAAAUAUGUGUUUAAUUCUAAAUAUUAAAGCUUUGAUCAUUUACCGGAAUGGAGUUGAAGAAAAUGUUUGUUCUCUUCUGUUUCAGUGGUCCCAGCUCAUGCUGUAGCUCCAAAGGUUCAUGCUCCUCCAAAGGUGCCACUAAAGCCAAGCAUAGAAGACCAGGAAAUAUACGGGUCUGUAUCUCACAGCCACUUCUUCAGGUUGCACUUUGCUCUUAUCGACCAACCUCAGAUUGCUUUGUGUGCCUUAGUUUUUGUGCAAUUAUGUGUAAUGAUAUCUCCUUUUAUUCUCCAGGCCGAACACACUGAUGGUUCGAUUCCAGAAAGGUGACAGUGUGGGACUGAGGCUGGCCGGGGGUAAUGACGUCGGUAUCUUCAUCGCAGGCGUUCAGGAGGACAGUGCAGCUGAGCAGGAAGGUCUCCGUACAGGAGACCAGAUCAUGAAGGUGAGACUCCUUCAAAUUCACAUGCAGAGAAAUGCUGAAAAAAAAAGGAAAGACAGGGAGCUUAGCUGUGAGGAGAGGCUGUAUGAAUUCACUGAACUGUAGAACGGAAAUGAACACAAAAAGCUUAAGAGAGGAAAAAUGAGAACAAUGUAAGAACUGUUUCUUUUAAGACAAAAAUGAAAGCCAGAGGCAGGAUUAGGAUCUUCUUGUUAAUUUGCUGAGCAUUGAACAGAUUAUUGUUGGCUGUCUCAGGGUUCAGCAGUUCAAGAUGAGCUUAACAAGUAAUCAGCCUUUUAUUAUCUCAAGUGCCAGAGUUCUGCUAGCUCAUUCCUAAUCCUUUGUUUAUAAAUGUCCAGAUCACGGGUUAUUUUCGGCUUUCUACACUGUUGCAAUCUGUCUUAUGGUGUUUACUUCCUGUGCGUGUAAUUCAGGUAAACAACAUGGAUUUCAGAGGCAUGGUGCGGGAGGACGCCGUCCUUUACCUGCUGGAGGUUCCCAAAGGAGAGGAUGUUACUAUUCUAGCUCAGAGCAAACCUGAAGGUAUUGUAACCUGCAGACAAUGGCUGCUUAUAAAAAGAAACGAACAUUUUACAAAAUUAUGCAAACAAAACAUAAAUACAGAAACACAUUCAGUUAUGUACUGUGCACCAAAAACCAGCAUAAGAGCAGAGAUGAUUUGUAGUCUGUGUUGUACUUCCUUUUUGUUUAGACAAGUUUGACUCUGAGCCUGCUCAGUAACAUUCCUGAUUCUUAUCCCAAUAAGAGUGAUGAAAUCAUCUCAAAGAAGUUUUAACUCGUUUUAGGGGUCCAGGUACAUUUAACUAGGGUGACCAAAUUCUGACUUCCCAAAAAGAGGACACAACUACACAGAGGCAGACUCACAGAGUCAUACGAAUUUAAUUUUGAGAGUUUUUCGGGCCAAAUCGAGUGUCUUUUAUGCGCUUCUAACUCAGUAAGUCCACAUGACACAAAAUUGAAACACUCCUACAAAACCGCAGACAUUUGAAGGAUUUUAUAAACUUCCCCGGAGAAACCCAGACAGCCCCCAAAAAGGAGGACAUGUCCAUGUAAAAGAGGACGAAUGGUCACCCUAAUUUAACUGUCAGCUGUGUCACACCAACAGCAAAACAGAUGGCAGUGUCAUGAUGUGUGUAAAGCGUAGACUGUAUAAUACAUAGACAGGAAGUCACCAGUUUGGAUCUGAAGAGGAGUUCUGAAGCCCAUUAACAGGAGUUGUCACAUUGGAAAUGCUGACUCGACCAAACUUUCAGUCAACCUCAUCAGAGGCUAAGAGAGAAAGUUUUGGAGUGGGCCUUUACUCAGCAAAACUCGUAUCUGUAAUAUCUUUGAAACAAAUGCAUUAUUAAAAAUAUCUCUCUUUGUUUUUGAGUAAGUGUGUAUGUGGUUUCCAAGCUUCUGCAACCAGCCUCUGGUGGGCAUUCAUGGAACUGCAGCACGUCUGCAUCAGCUUCAUUUUUUGAAGACCAGAAGUUGCUUCUCAAAAUUAGCUGUUUUGUCUUUUUCAUAGAAUUUAGCAGAGAUAAACUGUAUUUUAUCGAGCCAAGUUGUAGAUCCACUUUGAGAUCAGUGUGGUUCAGUAAUGUUGUCAAUAGAAAAUAAAUUCAUGUGUUACUUAAUAACUGGAUAGUUACAGCAAUGAAGAUGUCGUCAUUUGUUUUCUAUUUCAGUGUACAAGGACAUCCUAGCAUCAGGGAGAGGCGACUCUUUUUUCAUCAGGACUCACUUUGAGUACGAGAAAGAGGCUCCUCAGAGCCUUCCCUUCGGCAGAGGAGAAAUCUUCAAAGUGACGGACACACUGUAUGAUGGGAAACUUGGCAACUGGCUGGCAAUCCGCUCUGACAAAGACAACCAGCUGCUGGAAAAAGGAAUCAUCCCCAACAAGAGCAGGUCUUUAACAGAAGAUUUAGAAGUGACAGAUUUGCAUUCAUCAGGAGUAAUUAUGAAACAAAUAGGGUGUUUAGAGUUACUCAAGUUUAGAUUUAUACAAGAUAAAGUUUCAAAAGGGAGACAGGGUUGGAUUUUAGUCCAACUGUUGUUAAAUAUACUUUGUUGUUCUGUGUUACAGAGCAGAACAAAUGGCCAAUGUGCAGAACGCAGCUCGGGCAGCAUCAGGCAAUGACAGAGGAGACUUCUGGAGGCUGAGAGGUCAAAGGGCAGCAAAGAAGAAAGACUUACGCAAGAGCCGGGAGGAUCUUAGUGCAGCUCCAGUCACCACACGAUUCCCCGCCUAUGAGAGAGUGGUGUUGCGUGAAGGUACCUGAAAGAAUUUGCCUUCUGAUCUUUCAAACACAAAAAGGUUUUGGCUUUGUGUAUUUUCCUGUUGACAUGAAAGUGAAUUCCACUCUGUUCUGUCUCUCAUAGCUGGUUUCAGAAGACCUGUGGUUAUAUUUGGGCCCAUUUCUGAUGCUGUGAAUGACAAACUGGGCAACGACCUUCCCAACGAGUUUGUCGUCGCCAGUAAGUGCUCCAAUAAUAACUAGCUUUUUAUAUUUUUUCACUGUUCAAAACUGUGUUUGAAAGUUAAGGAGUAAAUCCUUAAAAAUGUCCUUUGAUUUCUUCUCACAGAAACAGAGCCGAAAGAUGCAGGAAGUGAGAAAUCCUCUGGAGUUGUGAGACUAAACACCAUCAGACAAAUCAUUGAACAGGUUUGCUACACUCCCCUGAACUGCUGCUUUGUAAAGCAACACCAUGAACUCAACCUAACAGCCUCUCUUUUCGUUUUCCCUCAGGACCGCCACGCUCUGUUGGACGUGACUCCCAAAGCCGUUGAUACUUUGAACUACACCCAGUGGUAUCCCAUCGUCAUCUUUUUGAACCCAGACAGCAAGCAGGGCGUGAAGACCAUGAGGAACCGCCUCCUGCCUGGAUCCAACCGCAGCGCACGCAAACUGUACGAGCAGGCUGUCAAGCUAAGGAAAACCUGCUCACACCUUUUCACUGGUAGGUAUCACCAUCAGGUUUCCACGGUAACUGCGAUAUUGUAAGUGUAGAAAAUGUCAUAGAUAGGAAAGGUUUAAACAUUUUAAGAUCACUUUUUUGCUUCACUUUUUAUGUAGACACUAAAGAUUUGAAUACACCAACCAAAGUUUUGCAUUUGCUUCUGUACAAAUUAAGCUGAAGAUAAUGAAGAUGAUUGAUCUUUACCCGCCACUUUAAAUGGAUAAAGCUUUGAACAUGUUAUACUCGAAAAAAAUUAACAUUUUUAUUCCUUGUUUUUGUUUCGUACACUUUUAGCAUCGAUUGAUCUGAACUCAUCUAAUGAUGCGUGGUAUGGCAGCGUGAAAGACAGCAUUCAGGAGCAGCAGGACAGAGCUGUGUGGGUGUGUGAGGGCAAGGUGAGUUGCCACUUUUCUCUAUAUUGCUUUGUAAGAGUUUGACUGAAAUGUGCGAAUGUUAUAAAAAUUACUUGCGGUUUAAUUUGCCACUCUCUCUUCUCAGCUGGAUGGUUCCGAGGAAGACCUAGACCUCCACGAUGACCGCAUGUCCUACCUGUCAGCGAUGAGUGCGGACUACCUGAGCAUGGACAGCCGCCUGACCAGCGACUAUGAAGACACGGCGGAUGAGGGAGGGACUUAUACCGACAACGAGCUGGACGAGACAUUGGACGAGCCGCAGCCUGUGUCAGCUAUCAGCCGAUCGUCGGAGCCUGUGAUGCCAGACGAGGUGAGAACAACUGCUGAUACUGAUACACUGUGAUGGGUGUGCUGCAGCUGGUGAAUCAGGUGGACCUGCAGGUUCAGACUUAUCACAGAGUUUGAAUCUGUAAACCCAACAAACUACAGUUUCCUUGUACAGUAUUUCACUAUCUUGAUCUUAAUCUAGAGUUGCUUAAAGAGUUCCUCUGCAGGGUUCCUGAUCCCUGGUUUCAUACAUAUGUUUACAGUCUCUUCUAACUUCCACAUCGUUACUAAUCUGACCCUGACAGCACGAGUUUGUGUGUUUUUGUGUCUGGUGUUCAUAUGUGUGUGUGUGUGUGUUUGUGUUUGUGUGUAGAAGCCUCACCCUGAACCCCGGGCUCGUGUGAGGUCAGGCAGUAGAGAGUUGCUGAACAGAGAGCCCAGCCCUCCCCCGUCUUUUGUCCCUGAACCUCCAAAGGUGAGAUCCUCACCCCUAACCCUAACCCUCCCAUAAACUCCUCAUAACAUCACUCCGUCUAACCUCACUCUCUGAUUCUUGCAGCUUUAAAAAAAAAACUUUUAAGACUGAUGUUCUCCUUCGCCACAGGUACGAGCUCAGACUCGGACUGAUUCAUCACGGAGCUACGACUCCCACUCCAGCAGCACCAUCAGCAGCGACGCAGCAGGUGGGAGCAAACCGGCUCCACCUCCUGUGGCUCUGAAGCCCAGUCUCGCUCGCUUAAAUCAGCCAUCAGAGGAGCAGCAGAGCCCGGGGGUGGAGGAGGAGGACCCUGCCUCCAAAUCCUUCCUGGGAAAGGUUAGUAUCAUUUUUAUUUUGAAGCUUUUUUUCCAAGAAUGUUUCCUCUGCUUCGACCUAAUUAAGCAGAUGUUUCUUCAUUAACGAUACUCUAUGACAGCUUGGCUCUUUCUUUGGCAUCGUGAUUGUUUUUUUGUAUUAGAGAGGCUUUGAUACUCAGUCCAGUCAUUUUCUAUAAUGCUUUCCUUCUUUGCUCUCGUUGCUUCAAAUCUGAAAUAGAGACAAGGUGACCAGGUAAAUGAACGUGUCAUUUUGUCCCUCAGAUGUUUGCAUCCCUUCACUGAGUCAACCAUCAUUCUUCGUUGGUCUACACAGUGUCCUGUCAUCUUCAUGUUAUUACAUUAAUGCAUCCAAACAUGACACAGUCACUUUUUAUCAUUCAUGUUGAUGUGCGAUUUUUCUUUAAUCUUCACGACAGAGAGUUCUUUAACAAUUUAUUUUUCUCCUAGAUCAAAGCUUUUGAGAAGAUGGACCACUUGGCACGAGCUCAGAGGAUGUUGGAGCUGCAGGAGGCAGAAAAUGCUCGAGUCAGUACUGGUUUUUCUUCUCUGUUUUUGUUUUUGUCGAUAGGGUUACAUGAUUUUGGUGGUUCAGAGAAUAAGGACAGAAUACAAUAAUUAUAGUUUGUACAGAAUAAAUCAAGUUUAAAGGAGAGUUGGUUGUGGGAUUUGCCAAGUCUGAGAUACUUGAUGAGUCAAAAUAGGAACUUAGACAAAACAAAAUUAGAAAAUCUGAAUAUUUCAGAAUAACUAAUAAUCAGAUUUUAUUUUAUUUUCAGAAUUUACAUACAACCACACAUCAUUUCAAUUCAGAUAAGGUAGAAAAUGACAAGAAAAGGAUAAAACAAGAAAACAAAAAGGGUAAACAAAGAAAAACCCCAAUGACAACAACACAACAAUGUGUCGUCAAUUAGACAAAUAUGUGUCCUUGUACUUAUAAAAAAGUAUUUUUUAUCACCAGUCAUCUCAGUCUGGGACCUCCUAAACCACUGCUUCUCCUCCGUAUAGUUUCACUUAGAUCUUUUGGCAAGUAAUCCAUAAGGGGCCGCCAUGUGUCCAUAAAGAUAUCAUCAUUCCCAGAAUGACUAUGUUUUCUGUUACCUGUGAUUAAAACAAAAAGUCUUCUCUGUAUUUCUGUAGAAUAUAAUAAGGGGGAAAAAAUCAAGAGACCACUGCAAAAUUAUAUUUGACUUUAAAAUAAAGUUUUCUCAUUUUUUAAUAAACUCACAGGUCAAGAUAACAAAAAGAUGCUGUGGUUUUUCAGACUGUGAAUAAUGCAGAGUAAAAUCACGCACAUAUUAAUUUUUAAGUAAAAACUGUUACUCAUGUUUGAACCUUAAAAGAGUUCAGAAAUCAAUAGUUGGUGCUCAGCUCUGCUUUGUACGGACAGCUUUCAUGUUCUGACAUGCUUUCUACCACUGUUUCAUAUUGCUGAUGGGAAUCAAUAUACCACUUUGAUGCAACAGUUCAGGCCUCACAGCUUUCCUUGCUCAAAAUAAAGUAUGUCUAUGUUGAAAUUCAACCGAAAAGAAUCGCUUCCAUGCAGAGAUGCUGUAGUACUGUAGCAGCUUCUGAUGCAGAUCACAGAAAAAACAAUUUUUGGUGUGAUUUAUUUCAGAUUUGAACUGUAACAAAGAGCAGUACAGUGAAAGCCCUCUGUCUUACGAGUUCAGCUGUCUUGUUUUAUUUAAGUUUUCUGACAUAUCUGGGUCUGCUCUUUUCUCUCCCAACAGCUGGAAAUCGCCCAGAAGCAUCCGGACAUCUACGCUGUCCCGGUAAAACUGACAAAGCCCAACCUCAACCGUCCUCAGCCAAUAGGGUAAAGAGCCAUAUGCAUAUAUUUAAUAAUAAUAAUAAUAAUAAUAAUAAUAAUAAUAAUAAUAAUAAUACAUUUUAUUUGUAAAGCGCUUUUCAAAAACACAAAGAUUAUAUAUGAAGACAUAAUCGUUUAUUUACCUCUAAAAACUGAUGGAUCAUUGAUGUCUGUCUGUCUGGUCAGUUCCAGCUCCAACCCCGAGCAGCAGGCUCCUUUCAGGCCACAUUACUCAGAGAGCAGAGGACACGAGGACGACGAGGCCGAGUACCGCCGACAGCUGGCUGAACAGACCAAGAGAGGAUACUACAACCCCCAGAAAUACAAAGACACUGAGCUGUAGGCGGGGAGAACCAGGAAACGACAUCAUCCAAGACAAAGGACUGGACUCGUUUUGUAGUAGUAUGAAUCCUGCUGAUAUGGUAACCUUAACUCACUGCUGUACAUUAUACUCCGCACAAGUUUGUACAAAAAUCCUACACUUUCCAGGCCACACAAACACACAUACUAGUUUACAUUCACACAACUCCUCGACAAAAAUACACCUGAUUUGUGUAUAUAUCCUCUUUCGUGUCUGCAAAGGCUUUUGUUACAUGGAGGGCUUCACUUUCUCCAUCAACUCAGACCCUAAUAGUUUUUGUCUCUUACUCAUCACCAUCGCUUCUCUCCUUUUGUUGGAUCACAAUCAUGCAUCUAUCGGCUUACCAAUGAGUGAACAAAGUGACCAGCAGAGGGAGGUAGUAUGAUUCUCGUUGAAUUGUUGGGCCUGUCUGUAACUCACAACUAUCAAUACCGUCACCCAUGCUCAUCAACUGCGCAGGUAGCUGGCAGAGUGUCGUUGCAGAUGGAUGGUAACCUUCACGUAGGAAAACAGUGUGAACCUUUUUCCCUCUGGUGUCUUCCCAAGAAAAAAGACUGCGCCUUAUUUACUGAUGCAACCUCUAUUCCAAACUCUCCGGUAAAUAUAUCUGUCACGUCAAACAGGAAGAUGCUUCCAUGUUACUGUAAUGCGAUGGUUAAACACAGCUGCAAGUAGGAAUGGUACCGUCGAGUGUGUAGAUAACUUCUGCUGUUUAGUGUCACCCACCCUACGCUUGUUUCAGGCACAUUCAUACAUCAUCAGCUCCAAAACCAUCAUUCAUAUAUUUAAAACAGGGUGUGCAUUUGUUCUCUCAUACAUAAUAGUCUCCAUCCUUUAACUCUCCUGCCAAGUUUUCUUUGAUUUAGCUAACUUAUUGGGCGUUUAUAUUUACUUUAAAUCAUUAAAUGUGUGUGCAUUGUGGGAAGCGGCAUAUUGACAAGUGCCUUGUAUUUCCUAAAUUAGCUCUAAUAGAAACUAAAAGUAAUACCAGACAAAGAGAAAAGAAAAUGAAGGUGAAAAAAAAAGUUCUUUUUGUCCUAAUUAUUAACAGGUUUAUUUGACUGUUUGUCCUUAUGUGAAUUUGAUGCUCUUCUAACAUUAGUGAGGUUGUGCAGGUUCCCCUUAAAUAUCCUGUUGGCACAAGAUGUCACACAUUUUACUGAUUAUGCAUAUGAGUGUGUGAGGAAGCUGGAUUAAAGGCUCCAGCAGAGCAUUUCCAGCAGUUUAUAUUUCUUUUUAUCAGCUUCCAACCAGAGACAAUCACAUUGUUGUGGUGUGUCUGUUUUUAUACUGAAUAUCUACUGAACUCUGUCUAGUCCUUGUUCACAGGAGCAUCUGGAAUGUGGUGAAGACAAUCAUGUUGUUUGAUCAACUUUCUUUUUAAUGUUUGUCAGUCUGUGAUUUUUUCUCCCUUUUUUUUUAGUUUGUGAUCUUAGUGUUACAGAAAAUAUUCAAAUAAAUCUGUUUUUUACAUGAAA